AUGGUGUUGCAGGUUUGCAACUGCAUUACAUGUUCACGUCCUCACUUACCGCCCCCACUACUCCUACUUGCCAUUCCAUUUGAACAGGAACCACCACGCGGAAGUGCCGACGUGCUACACAUGGACGCGCACAGAGACACCAAGCCCUUCGUCUCCCCCAUCACGGCCACCGCCAUACAGCGGAGCCUCCACGGCCCUAGAGCCCGUCAGCCGCCGGCGUUGCCAUCGGAGCACGGUGGCGCUCGAGUGUUAGCCGGCCUGCAACCGCAAGCUCAGCCUCAAGCAGCAGCGCGCGUCCUGAACCGGGCCGCUUCGGAGCUGUCGGGCGGUGUCGGCGGCCGAACCAGUGGCGCCGAUGAGGCACUCGAGGGUGCCUCGGCUCGUCGUCCUUGCCUUGCACCGCGGUUGAGUAGGAAAUUCUGGAGCGCCGGCGAUUAUGACGCGGCGGCGACGGGCUCUGCGCCGCAGCCUCCGAGUGUGCAGAAUCGCAUGUGCAUCCACCCUGAAUUUCUCCACUCCAACGCAACUUCACAUAAAUGGCCAUUUGGAGCCGUGGCAGAGUUGUUGGAUAACGCGGUGGAUGAGAUAGAAAAGGGUGGUGCUACAAGAAUAUUGUUGGACAAAAUCAUUGACAAACGGAAUGGAUCACCAGCUUUACUAGUUCAAGAUGAUGGUGGAGGCAUGGAUCCUAAUUCCUUGAGGCGGUGCAUGAGCUUUGGAUUUUCAGAGAAACAAUCAGGGUCUUCUAUUGGACAAUAUGGAAAUGGAUUUAAGACUAGCACAAUGCGGCUUGGGGCAGAUGCUAUUGUUUUUAGCCGCUGCACAAAGAGCGGUGAGCCUACACAAUCCAUUGGCCUCCUAUCUUACACUUUCUUGGUGGAAACUGGACAGACAGAUGUUGUAGUUCCUGUGGUGGAUUAUAAAUGCAAUCUAAUGAAAGGACAAACUCAGCGAUUGGAGCGUCAUGGUUCAGAGCUAUUCUCCUCAAAUUUGUCAGUGUUGUUGAAAUGGUCCCCUUUUGCAACAGAAGAAGAGCUGAUGCAGAAUUUUUGUGACAUUGGUCCACAUGGCACCAAGAUUAUAGUGUUCAAUUUGUGGUCCAACGAUGAUGGUAAAUUGGAGCUCGACUUUGACACGAACCCAGAGGAUAUUAUGAUUAGUGGAGCACCAAAUUUAGAAGAAAUUAGUAACUCUGUAAAAAGGACUAAUGAGAACCAUUUGGCAAAUCGACUACGCUAUUCUCUUAGGGUCUACGCUUCUGUGCUGUAUCUGCAGCUACCAUAUUACUUUAGAAUCAUACUUCGAGGGCAAGAAGUUAAGCGUCAUAGCAUUGUCGCUGACCUAAUGUAUCCUGAAUGCAUCACUUAUAAACCCCAAGGUUGCGGAAUAAAGGAGGCUGGGGUUCUUACAACUAUUGGAUUCUUAAAUGGUUCCCCAACUAUUAGCGUUCACGGAUUUAAUAUCUACCAUAAAAAUCGCCUUAUUUUGCCAUUUCAUAGAGUUCUGAGUUCUGCAAGCAGCAAAGGUAGAGGCGUCUCCGGAGUACUAGAGGCAGGCUUCAUCAAGCCCACUCAUGACAAACAAGACUUUGAGAAGUCGCAGCUGUUUCAGAGGCUGAUCAACCGCCUGAAGGACAUGACUAAUGAGUACUGGGAUAUUCACAGUCACAAGAUUGGAUAUGUGAAAACGCCACGCAGGAGUGCAGCUCCCACUCCUGCUCCUCCUGCAGUGAUGAUGCUGCCAAUAGCAAAUGGCACUGCUCAAGAACCAUCAGAGUGGAGUUCACCUGAUCCGACGCCACCCUUGAGAUCCCACAGCAACUACGUGAACGCAGUUCCGAUCGCCUUUGCGCCUCCUGUUUUCCACUCAGCGUCAGUCAAAACAGAACCUGUUGCACCAGGAGAGCCUAUGGGGUGCUCUCCGUCCCCGCCAAACAUGCAGACCGUGCAGGCCAACCAGACGAGCUCACCUUCCAUGGCGCCUGGCACCGGUUCGGCAGAGACAAGGAAGAGGAGGAAUGACGAAGCUGCUCUGACGGUUGCGAUUAAAAGGCAGGCUAUGCAGGAUUUGGCUGGCAGCAGCUCCGCUACUGAUCAGGUAUGCCAGUAUAUGGGAGAACGAGAGCUGAGGGAAUUUUCCUUCUUGAAGAUGGAAAACCAGAUGCUCCAUGAAGAGUGCUCGCAUUUUGAGACGGCCGAGAAGGAGCUACUACUCAAGGAACAAAAUCUGCGGCUCGAAAUUGAGAAGGCGCGGGAGCAAUACAAGAGCCUACUGGACGAACACGGUUCGGUGUCAGCUGUGCCGGCACUGCGUUAG